AUGCCGCGUCGUGGGCGUGCCCUAGCGCUGCUUUGCGUCUUCGCCGGCUUAUCAUGUAGUCUCAUUCUCGUCAUCUGGUAUGGCAUGAAUUCCGACCGCGACUACAUCCACCCCGUUCUCACUCAGCUUCUCCCUGCUGGUCACUGUGCCUGUCAAACCUCUACUACCUUUCAAUGCUCCACAUGUCUUGCCUGUCCCGAAACAACUCUGCAAAAACCCAGCAGUCUCUCUAAUUGGCAGUGGGAUUACCCACGCGAUGCCUCAAACGAAGCCCUACAGCAGUCUCAAUGUAGUGCAGCAUUCCCAGGACUCUUCGAAGAUGUGGUUCGCGCAGAACGACACUGGCUAGGCCAGGGUCGCAUCGCCACUGAGGACCUAGAUGAAAUCAACCUGGAGCAAGGAAUGGUGCGCGCCUUUAUCUCCCGUGGUUAUUUACAUGUGGUUGCGGCACGAGCGAAAGGGGACGAUCACCGCCGCAAGAUCAUGGGUGUUCUAAGCUCAAUCCAUCGUGCGCUGGCCGCCGACCAAGACCGCGCACAAAGAAAUGAUAUCGAGUUUGUGUUUUCAGUAGAAGACAAGGUGGAGGAUGUGACGAGUCCUGACAUGCCGGUUUGGGUCUUUGCUCGCACUCCAUUGGAAAAGGGAGUGUGGCUCAUGCCAGACUUCAGUUUCUGGGCUUGGGAUAACCCAAAAAACUACAUUGGACCUUACGAUCAGGUUGUUGACCAUAUUCAGCAACUGGAUAUUCCGUGGGAUGAAAAGAAGCCCCAGUUGGUAUGGCGUGGAAAACCGAGCUUCGCCCCCAAGUUACGUCGAGCCUUGAUUGAAGCUGCCCGUGAUAAACCAUGGGGAGAUGUAAAGCAGGUGGAGUGGAAUACAGGCAAAAACGUAUUGAAAAUGGAGGAUCACUGCCGCUACAUGUUCAUCGCGCACGUCGAAGGUCGCUCAUACUCUGCGUCUCUUAAAUACAGACAGGCGUGUAACUCUGUCAUUGUCGCCCACAAACUCCAAUACAUCCAACAUCACCAUUAUCUCCUUAUCGCCAGCGGACCAAACCAGAACUACGUCGAAGUCGAACGUGACUUCGGCGAUCUGGAGGAAAAGAUCCAACCCCUUAUUCAGGAUACCGAAGCCGCACGUCGCAUCGCACUGAACAGUGUGAAGACAUUCCGUGAGCGAUACCUCACGCCUGCCGCAGAAGCUUGCUACUGGCGCUCCCUUUUUGAUGGCUACAGCAAUGUCUGGAACACCAGCGCGACCCAAAGAACCGAUCAAGACGGCAAACAGCGCGGCCUACGAUACGAGUCUUUCAUCCUCCUAGAAAGCUCUAUGAUGUACGAAUUCCGAGCAGAUCAGCUGCAAUUUGGACCAUGA